AUGUUCAGGUUCUUGAGAAGUAUCAUUGCGGAUGAUGCGGCAGUUCUGAUUGAAAUUGCCGUCAAGGACUAUGUCACCAACCAAGAGAAGAAACUUGACUCAAUUGACAGUCUUCGGUCACUGCUCACAGACGCCAACCAGCAAGAAUUCGUGGAAUGUUUAGCACGGCAUCUCGGACCUCGCUGGAAUGAUACAACAGCCUGGUGUCGCGAAGAAGACUGCAUCGUGCUCUUGCAACGACUCGGUACUGAGGCCACUGUUGAAGCUGUAGCUCGCGACGAAGACAUGAUGUACUUGCUCGAUUAUCAUCUGCGUGCAUGUCUCUUGACAAACAGGAGUUCUUCAAAGCAAAUUCGGCUCGCUCGAGCUAUACAGCAGUAUUUGGACGAGGUAUGCACUGCGUACAUCGUAACAGUAGUUCUUCAGCCCUUGUUUGACUUGCAAUACAAGUACAAGGAUGUGUGGGCGAACAGCAUGCUGAGUGCUCGUGAUAGGGUCUCUCGCUACAGAUCCAACCAUGUUGGCAACCAAACAAGAAACUCCGAGAUCGAAGCAAAGAUCUUGCGGGAGAAAAUGCCAAUUGCCACCGCGGUCCACAUCCAGCGUGCCAAUAUUCUCGCCUUUGACAUGCUCAAGGAGGUCAUUGGAAAUGACGCUGUCAUUGCAAAGGAGAUUUGGGCCAAUGAAGCGCCAAAGACGCCGGUACAAGACUUGCAGCGUUGA